GCGUUACGGUUGGCAAGAACGCCAUUGCAAUCAUGGCGGAGCUGAACAGUAGCCUGACAGCCAUGGACUGGCUACCGAAGCUUAGUGUUGGCACGGCUUUGAGCAGUGCUAACAAAAUGUCGAACAACAAUAACGAUCCAAGUCGGGACAAGAGUCCAUUUCGCAAACCGCCGAGCUCGCCCCUCGAUCCGAACGCGACAUUAGACGACGAGGAGGCACAACAACAUAAAACCCGCGAAAGCAAACCGCCGUAUUCUUACGCCAACUUGAUCACUUUUGCCAUUAAUAGCUCACCGAAGAAGAAAAUGACGCUGAGUGAGAUCUAUCAGUGGAUCUGUGAUAAGUUUCCGUAUUACAAAGAAGCUGGAAAUGGAUGGAAGAAUUCGAUCCGGCACAAUCUGUCACUUAACAAGUGCUUUAUGAAAGUGCCCAGAAGCAAAGACGACCCUGGAAAGGGAUCAUAUUGGGCGAUAGACCAGAAUCCACAAGAUGACAGUGCACAUUCGCGGCAAAACAGGAAAAGACGGCCAAGCGAUUCUAGGUUAUCACCAUAUGGGCCUGAAGAUGGUCGUGUCUCACCGAUUAGCCCCCAGUCCUCCCCAUGUGGAUCACCAUCCUCACCAACAUUAGCCUCACUACAUACCAGUGCAGGAUAUUAUGGUUCAUCGCCUACCAACCAGGGUUUCCUGGGAAUGUCAGCUGGGAUAUCCCCAGGGUCAUCCCCUAACACUAAUGUUGGUGGAUUUGGCGCCUCACAGAGCUAUGGAGAACCUCCAAGGAAGAUUUUCCCUGAGGUUGCAUUUGAAGAUCUUAGUGCAUCAUUUAAAAAUCUUUACAAAUCUGUUUUUGAUGCAUCACAUGGAGGAGACAGUUAUGGAGGUGGAAGCAUAGGUGCUAGUAUCUUUGCAGGCAGUCAGAACCUUGGAACAUCUGCACAAAUGUCACAGCAGCAGCAGCACCUUCAACAACAGCAACAACAACAUCAGCAGCGUCAACAACAACAACAACACCAACGCCAGCAGCACCAGCAGCAUCAGCAACAAAAUAAUCUGCUGCAAAACAUGGAACUACUCUUGGAAAGCCUUAACACUAGAAGUUUUCAGAACUUUGACCUUGGUACAUGGCAAGUCUUGAUGGACAGUAUGAAAUCUGCUGAUCUGCAAAAUAUGGGAGUGGAUCAGAAUCAGUGGCAGGAUUUUGCCUUUUCAUUUAGUCAAUAUCUUCACCAGCAAGGCUUUAUCCCUGAAGCAAACUCUGCAAGGGGAAUUAGCCCAUCUUCUUCUAGUAGUAGCAAUAUGAUGGGUAGUCCACAAGGAAUGCUUCAAGUAAGCAAUCCCCAGUUUACAUCUGGAGGCUCCCCUUUACAAGGUUCUCAACAUAGUUACAGCAGUUCAGCAAGUUUCAGCGGCAGUUCACAGCACUCGAUCCCAGGCAUCAAAGUGACAUCAAUUAAUAAUCAACCAGCAGUGGGUCAGACAGGUAAUCAGCAUACUAUGGUUGGGACAAGAGCACCGGCAUUAAUGGAUGACGAUGAUGACGAGGAAUUCGAUUGGGAUUCAUUACUAUGAGUUUGGAUACAGGUAGCAACUGUGACAUUUGUAAUUAUUAUUGGGAGGGAAGUGUACAGUAGAUGAAUCAAAGUCCAGAACUGGAAAGUGUUCAUUGACGUAACGUGUAUUUACUAGCAUGUACACUAGUAGUUUGAAGUAAACAUUAUUUAAAUAUGAAAGGUUAAAUGGCUUUUAAACAAACCUUACAGAUGAAGAGGGGGAGGAGGUAAACUUCGGCAUCCAAGCCCAUAUCUCCCCUUUCCUUAGCAGAUUUUCAAACUCUUUUGAGAACAGUAGUUUCCUUUUUAUUCAGGACACCAACAAAAUUAUUUAUUUUGACUUGGAUAAAAAGGAGCAUUACUCACUGAGAAAAUGCUCAAUUUUAUUGUGGUAUGAGUGUUCUCUGUGAUUGUAUUGCACCAAUUAGUAAUCUGCUAUUCUUUGAAUUAUUCUCAAAGUUUGUUUCUGUAAAUCCAACUAAGUAAAUCCUGUUCUCUUUCAAAUUUUUAGAUGCAAGGUCUUGGGUCCUUGAUUCAAUUUCUACAAUUAUGAUAAUAACUUUGUGGAUGAACUCUCUCUCCCAUGUACAACUUCUAGGAUUACAAUUAAGAAAAAAAAAUUAAGUAUCACAAAGAAUCGGUGGUAAAUGAUGUUAAUGAAUCAUGACCAGCUAAUGUUGUGACGUUUCUCUAAGAGAAGAAUUUACCUUCAAUUUGAAGGUAUGCUGUUUGACAUGCAUCAAACCUCUUUUGUUGACUGUGUCACAAUGAUUAGAGUGAAUGACUGGUUGUAACAGUUUUUUUUUAUUUCUAGCAGUGACAAGACAUGAUUUUCACAUGUACCUGCAUGUGAUUUCAUCCUUGAGACACUUCAUAAAAGAAAAGGUGUUCUUUUAUUUACUGACAAUCUCUUAGCACAUUUAACCAUUUUUUGAGUUUAUUUUGUAGCAGACUGAGUGCAUAGUUUUCAACGAGGGCUCUGGAAUAAUACUUUUAGGGGUUGCUGUCCCAAAGGUAUUCUUAAUUGAGCCAUAUACAUAUACCAAGGACCCUUGCUGGGUAUUUUAAGGUUGCAAUUUUUGAGAUUUGCACUUGUGUUGUAACCACAGUGUUUGCAAUUAAGUCAUUGUGAAAAGUAUCUUCCAAAUAGAGUAUUAAUGUGGGUGAAAAAGUGAAAGAAAAUUUUUAUUUCAGUCUUUGUAGGACUUACCUGUACUCCUCACUGCCAUGUCAAGGAAACUUUGACAAAAAGAAACUAAUCAGGUUGCAGGGAAAAAAAGUUAGAGAGCAUUGAAAUCAGACACUGGCAGGUUCAAGUGUCUAAAGUACUUCACUUUAGAAUGGCAGUGUGAUGGGAUCCACAUGGACAGUAGGUGUAGUGAUCACAUGUACAGUUGACCCUUUUACCCCUGAGGGUGACCAGUAUCUAAUUUCUCCUUACAAUAUCACCCCUGAAUCACACAUAAGGGUCAUGAGAAUAAAGGAAUUGAUCACAAUCUAAAGCUCUUGAUUGUUAAAGAAGCUCUCCUCAUCAGAACCUUAGGAAGUGUAUAGUGAACAGUAUGGAGAAUAUGCAUACUGAUAUUAGGGUGUUAAGGAUUAACAGUGGUAUUGGCAUAGUACCUAGAAUUUAGUCUCAGUGGUCUUUUCAGGUUGAAAGCUAAUUUUGUACGUGCAGUUGCAUCAAGUCUGGAACAGACUAGGUGACAAGUCCCUGAUAUAGAUAUCUGUGUUAAACAGCUAAGUGCAUAAUUAUUCCAAAUCAUGUUAUUUCAUUACCAUGAUUGUCACAAAAAUUCCAGUUAGAAUUAGUGCAGUGCACAGCAGCUACGAAGCUCUGUCACAGAGCAAAGAUUUACACAAAAAUUCUCUAUAAACCCCAAAGUUAGCUGUCACUGCAAUGUCCCUGUAAUGUGUUUACAGCAGCUUUGUGCACACCUUUGGUUAUUAAACCUGACUGACCCCAUCAUACUCUUACUGCACACUCAAUGAAAUCAAACAUUUUUAUCAUGUGCAAUAGUUUAGAAUUAAAGAAUUAACACAGUUUGUAGAUAGAUUUCCACACAAAUAUACACAGUAAAGUCAGUAAUGGGAGUAUGCAAUCAAGGCAAUUGCUGCCCCGCCCCCCCUAAGAGUCACACAAAUUAUUUUUGGGGUCUAGUCAUAUAUAAGGAAAACUUUUCCCAAUGAUUUUUUUUCACACAGCUAGAGGAAAUUAAUGUAAUGCUUAGUGUGUUCCAGCCUGUCUGUGUUCAAGCAACUGUUCACCUACCCCUCCCUUAAAAACCCAACAACAGUCAAAUGAUGACAAGUUAGCAUUAACAUUGGGUUAGGGGUGGGGUAGGUGAACAAAGUUAGGAUAGGUUACAAGUCCAUUUUAUGUGCAGUUUAAAUUUAUAGUUUUCUCCCUCUUUUUCCUUCCUGAGGGGCUAAUUAAAGGAACAAUCCAAAAGUAUUAAUAAUAUAUUGCAGCAUGUGUUGUAACUAGGACUUACCUGAUAAGUUUAAUAUUGAAAAUUGACCAACCUGUAGUCCAUAGAAAGGUAGACUUGUGUUUUGUGAUGUUUAUAUUAUUUUGUACAUACAUGCACAUUUUUCAUAUUUUUAAUCCAUAUUUCUUACCUUUGCGUAAAUACGACUUAGGUUUCCAUCAUAAUGUGGUGAGGUGUAAAAUUAUUAAAUACACAAUUAAAUUAUA